AUGUAGGAGACUCUUGAUUAGUUUUUAGAACUCUUGAAAUAGACAGAUGAAGCAAUCAAGAAUGAAAUUAGAACAUUAACAAGUAAUAAUAUUGACUUUCAGGUUACCAGCUCUAAAUGGGAUGAGGCAUCAGUCAAAUAGUUAAAAUUGUUAAUUUAAACCUAUUGCAUUGAUUAAUAGAUAAGUCAUCAUCUUGUUCCUGAUGAUGUCUGGAGCCUAAUAUCAUAAUUAAUGAAAAGCACUAAAAUUGAUUGCAAAUUAUAAUAUGCGACGACAAGGAAAAAAAUAAGAUUACUCUAGUAAUAAUGGUAAAAAAAGGAGGAUGAAGCCCUGAAAGAGAUUUGCUUGUCUUAUUUAACAUAGAAUAGGCCAUUUAAAUGGAGCGAUAUAGCAAAAGAAUUAGCAUAAAAGUUAAAUCAAUAAAAUGUGAAAAUGGCAAAAAUUGUAAGGGAUAGAUGGCUAAAUAAAUUAAAUCCAAAUAUUCAAAGGGGGCCUUGGGAAAAGAAUGAGGAAUAUGAAUUAUGUAAACAACUACUUAAACAUGGGAAGAAUUGGAUGAUUAUAGCUACGGAGAUGAAAAAUUCUAGAACUGAGAGUUCAAUAAAAAAUAGAUAUUUCAAUAUUUUGAGAAAGCUUGAAAAUUAGGAUGUUCCUAUAUUGAGUAAAGCAGAUAUUGAGAAAUAGUUAGUAAAAUUGUAGCUAAAUGAAAAUGUGAAAUUCGAAUAAUUUGGACAAUAAGAAAUAAGCUUCAUAUUAUAUUAAUUAAGUAAAUUGGAACCAAAUAUCACAAAGACUAAACAAGAAUUUAUGCCAGAUAAUAAGGUGUAGAGGAAAAACAAUGGUAGUAUCCAGAAUUCCUGUUCUAAGAGACUAUCUAAAGCAGAGGAAAAAGAUGAAAAAUUGCAUGCCAAAAACAUAAUCAAAAAGGUUCUAUAGCAUUAUGAAUAAGAUUAAAAUCUCGAUAUAAAUAAAAUGAAAGAUUACUAUUAAGAAGUAGUAGCUUAGAAGGGUCAUACAGUCGAAUUGGAUGAAGAGCCGAUAAGUGAUUCUGAAAACUUAUCAGAAGUAUAAUUUGCAGUAAUGGGAAAAGAUUCAUAAAAGUUGCACUUAUUUCCAAAAUCACAACUAAAAGUAGUAAUGGAACUUAUGAAAAAAAAAAAGGAGUAGAAAAAGGAAGUGUAAUCAUCACUAAGUAAGAUAUAAUCUCUUCCGCCUCCUCUACCAAAAUUAGAAUCAAAAUUACAAUAGCCUCAGUAAUAAUAAUCCUAACCAUAACAACCGUAGUAGUAGAAUCCUUAAUAGAUUUUUCAAUAAACUCCAAUCCCCUCUCAACCACAAAUCCCAGUUUAACUGCCUUUAGUCUAACCAAUCAUGUAGCCAGUUGCACAACCAACUCCAGUGAUACCCAUAUAAUAAUAAUAAGCGUCUGGGUAAUAAUAACAACCUUAACAAUAGUAACAAUCUUCUCAAUUAUAGUAACAACAAUAGCAAUAACAACAAUUAUAAUUAUAGUAAUAGUCUUAAUAAUAAUAAUAUUAUUAACUUGUCUAUCCUUCAAAUUUUAUGUAUCCUUAAAUGUAGAUGGCUCCAGUAGCUCAAAUUCCAAUAUUACCAGGUUAAAUGAUGGGGCAAAUUCCAGGAUAAAUGGUAAGUUAAAUGCCAGGAUAAAUGGUAGGUUAAAUGCCAGCUUAGAUGGUAGGUUAAAUGCCAGGCUAGAUGGUCAGCUAAAUUCCUGGGUAGAUUAUUAGUUAGAUGCCAGGAUAAAUGGUUGGCCAACUCUCAGGAUAGAUGAUAGGUCAACUCCCAGGAUAAAUGGGUUAGAUGGUAGGUUAGAUUCCAAAUCAAAUGGUUGGAUAGAUUCCAACGUAGGUAGUAUCAACGAUCCCAGGAUAAAUGCCAUAGAUAAUUUCUCAAUUGCCACCACAAAUGAUACAACAAGUUUAGGGAUAAAUUCCAUAAAUGGUUUAGCCUGGAUAAAUGGCUACUGUUUAGAAUGGGUAAAUAUAGAUGCCUUAAUUGGCUUCCAUGCCUCAGCUUGCUUAAAUGCCUUUACAAUAACUUCCUUUGGCAGCACCCUAAGCUGUAGGAAUGCCAUAAUAAUUCAUUCCAAUUAUAUACACCUCUUAGCCAGUAUAUUAAUAAUAAUAGCAAGUGUAAGGACAAUUAAAUCAGUAGUAGAAGACAAACCAACAGUAAUAGUAGGUUCCAAUUAUGAAUUAUUAAAUUCCAAUGAUGCCUCAAUAUGGUGAUUAGUACUUUCAGAUUAUGAAUAUGAAUCAAUAAAAUCAGCAAAAGUAGCCUAAAUAUUCAUAAGUAAAAUAAGAGAUGGAAGAACAGCAAUAAUAAUAACAAUAGCAAAAUCGUAAAUGA